UUUCUUUGGAGGAAGUGUCUGUCUCUUUCACGGAGGCAGAGUGGGCCCUGCUGGAUCCAGGACAAAGAGCUCUGUACAGGGAAGUCAUGCUGGAGAACUAUGGGAAUGUGGCCUCUCUGGAAGCCAGAACUAUAAGAGAAACUAUGGCGGAGAAAGAGAACGGUCUUGCAUUCGAAAAAAGUUUGCAGAGUUCUUCCAGAGGAUCCCAAGAGCAUAUCUCCUUCCCAAAUGAGCUGGUUCAGACAAAUGAUCAUCAGAGGAAUGAGGAGGGAGAGAAACAUCAUCAGGAAAUACCGGAUGGAGUUGAAAAUGAAGACUUGAACAAAAAUGUCAGGAAUCAAAGCAGAAUAAAGAGAAAGAAUGGUGGCUGUAUGGUUGAGAAGCGUGAUGGAAGACAGAGGAGUAAACAUUUUCCAAAGCACAGGAAAAUGAAAGCAAGUAAAUCCAUUCAGUUCAGAAAGAAUUUCAGAAAUAGAUCACAGCUUCUUCUGCACCAAAGAAUAAAGAGAGAGGAGAAACUCCCUGAAUACUCAGGGACCAGAAAUAAAUUCAGUCUCAGUGACAAUCUUCAACAGCAUCAGAGAAUCCACCCAGGGGAGAAGCCUUUUGAAUGCUAUGAGUGUGGAAAGAGAUUCAGUCAGAAUGGUUAUCUUCAGAAUCAUCAGAGAACCCACAUGGGAGUGAAACCUUUUGAAUGUUCAGAUUGUGGAAAGAGAUUCAGUCAGAGUGGUUGUCUUCAAAAGCAUCAGAGAACCCACACAGGGGAGAAGCCUUUUGAAUGUUCAGAGUGUGGAAAGAGAUUCAGUACGAGUGGCAGUCUUCAAACACAUCAGAGAACACACACAGGGGAGAAACCUUUUGAAUGUUCAGAGUGUAAAAAGACAUUCAGUCAGAGUGGCCACCUUCAAACGCAUCAGAGGACCCACACAGGGGAGAAGCCUUUUGAAUGCUCAGAGUGUGGAAAGAGAUUCAGUAAGAGUUAUCAUCUUCAACAGCAUCGGAGAACCCACACAGGGGAGAAGCCUUUUGAAUGCUCAGAGUGUGGAAAGAGAUUUAGUACAAGUGGCAGUCUUCAAAAGCAUCAGAGGACCCACACAGGGGAGAAGCCUUUUGAAUGCUCUGAGUGUGGAAAGAGAUUCAGUCAGAGUAGCAGUCUUCAAAAGCAUCAGAGGACCCACACAGGGGAGAAGCCUUUUGAAUGCUCAGAGUGUGGAAAGAGAUUCAGUCAGAGUGGCAGUCUUCAAUAUCAUCAGAGAACCCACACAAGUGAAAAGCCUUUUGAAUGCUCUGAGUGUGGAAAGAGAUUCAGUAAGAGUCGCAGUCUUCAAUGUCAUCAGAGAACCCACACAGGGGAGAAGCCUUUUGAAUGCUUGGGGUGCGGAAAGAGAUUCAGUAAGCGUUGUUCUCUUCAAUGUCAUCAGAGAACUCACGCAGGGGAGAAGCCUUUUGAAUGCUUGGAGUGCGGAAAGAGAUUUAGUACGAGUGGCAAUCUUCAAUGUCAUCAGAGAACCCACACAGGGGAGAAGCCUUUUGAAUGCUCAGAGUGUGGAAAGACAUUCAGUCAUAGUGGCCAUCUACAAAUGCAUCAGAGGACCCACACAGGGGAGAAGCCUUUUGAAUGCUCAGAGUGUGGAAAGAGAUUCAGUCAGAGUGGCAGUCUUCAAUAUCAUCAGAGAACCCACACAGGGGAGAAGCCUUUUGAAUGCUCUGAGUGUGGAAAGAGAUUCAGUAAGAGUAGCAGUCUUCAAUAUCAUCAGAGAACCCACACAGGGGAGAAGCCUUUUGAAUGCUUGGGGUGCGGAAAGAGAUUUAGUACAAGUGGCAGUCUUCAAUAUCAUCAGAGAACCCACACAGGGGAGAAGUGUUUUGAAUGCUCAGAGUGUGGAAAGAGAUUCAGUAAGCGUUGUUAUCUUCAAUAUCAUCAGAGAACUCACGCAGGGGAGAAGCCUUUUGAAUGCUUAGAGUGCAGAAAAAAAUUUAGUACGAAUGGCAGCUUUCAAUGUCAUCAGAGAAUCCACACAGGGGAGAAGCCUUUUGAAUGCUCAGAGUGUGGGAAGAGAUUCAGUAAGAGUUGCAAUCUUCAAUAUCAUCAGAGAACCCACACAGGGGAGAAACCUUUUCAAUGCUCAGAGUGUGGAAAGAGAUUCAUUCAGAGUAGCAGUCUUCAAAAGCAUCAGAGAACCCACACAGGGGAGAAGCCUUUUGAAUGCUCGGUGUGUGGAAAGAGAUUCAGUCAGAGUGGCCAUCUUCAAAAGCAUCAGAGAACACACACAGGGGAGGAGCCUUUCGAAUGCUCAGAGUGUGGAAAGAGAUUUAGUACGAGUGGCAAUCUUCAGUAUCAUCAGAGAACCCACACAGGCGAGAAACCUUUUGAAUGUUCAGAGUGUGGAAAGGGAUUCUUGUGGAGUUUCAGUCUUCAAAGGCAUCAGAGAACCCACACAGGGGAGAAACCUUUUGAAUGAUCAAAGUGUGAAAUAGACCCAAAGGAUAACCUUUCUAAUCCUCAAUGCCUGUCCAUGGCUCUCCACACCUGGACUUGGAAAUGGCCCUAAGGUAGGCUUUCAUGAUAGAGGGGCACCAUCUCAAUGAAUGAGACAUACACUGAACUUGCUGAAGAGCUGUUGGCCCAUCAGCCUCCUUUACUGCAGUGGCAGCUGUUCUCCCAUGCACCCCAAUAAGGGUAAGGGGAGCAGGCGAUGCGAAAGGCCCCAGAAGAAGCGAGGACAGACUACUGCAUUGGAGAAUCCAAAGGGGAGAAACCUUUUGAUUGCUCGGAGUGUGAGAGAAGAUUCAUUUAGAGUGGCAAUGUUCAACUGCAUCCAUGAUCCCACGCAUGGGGAGAAAAUGUUGAAAAGGGAUUCAGAAAGUGUGACAAUGUUCAAAAGAUUAAAAGAAUAAAGAAUAAAAUUCAUUU